AUACCCGGUGAUUCAUCAGCAGUUUGACAUUACAUCCAGAGAGUUGGAUUAGCCACUAGAAGCCUGCGAAAGUCAGAUAAGGUGCACUGAGUUCCAGAAUGGCGUCCACGCAAGGUCUUCACUCGCUUGCGACUAUCAUCAAGAGGCUAGAGGCCGCGACAUCGCGUCUCGAAGAUCUCGCUGCCCUCGGCGCACCACCCCCCACCGCUGCCGCCCCCUCAGCAGCAUCGCUCGCAUCCACCGAGCCGACGCCUGUUCCCCCACCGCCCCCGCCCCCACCAGCUCCUGCCACCAUCCCCCCCGUCGCGCCGGGGGAGGUACCGAAGGCGGUGCGGGUGUAUGAUGAGGUUAUCAUCGAUGGCAAGCUCAAGCUGUUUGUUGAGCUUACGAAGAGCUUUGCGAGUCAAAGCGUUAUCGAGCAGGUCGGGCUUGUAGGGAAGGAGUACGUGAAACUGCGCGAGGUCAUCCUGCUCGCGGCAAAUUGCAAGCAGCCCGAUCAGAAGGAUCUCGAGGGUGUACUCAUUCCUCUGUCCAACGAUAUCGAGGCUGUCAUCCAUGCGAAAGAAGAGUUCCGGAAGGACAGGGACUGGAAUCUUCAUCACACGAUGCUUGCGGAAGGCGCGCCCGCUGUUGGCUGGGCUGUGACACCUGAGCCUGGGCCGCAUGUCCAAAGCGUCAGAGAAUCGUCAGAAUUCUACGGCAACCGAGUUAUCAAGGACUACAAGGAGAAGGAUCCUAAACACGUCGAGUGGGUACGGGCUUGGUACGCUCUCCUCGACGAACUUCGCAAAUAUGUGGUGGAGUAUCACAAGACCGGCCUUGCCUGGAACCCAUCCGGCAAGUCUGUGGCCGAGUAUCAAGCAUCCGCUUCGGCAGCGCCGCCGCCACCGCCACCACCCCCUCCAGGUCCUCCGCCUCCGCCUGCGGCAGUGCCCGCUGCUGCUCCCGCCGCUGGUGGCGUCUCGGCGGUGUUUGCAGAGCUGAACCGUGGCGAGGAAGUAACGAAGCAUCUCCGGAAGGUCGACAAGAGUGAAAUGACACACAAGAAUCCGGCACUGAGGGCAGGCAGCACCGUCCCUGCAUCUGUCAGUUCUGGCUCGAGCGCUUCUGCUGCGAAGAAGCCACUGAAGCCGACUAAGCCGCAUGCUCUUGCUGGCAAAAAGCCGACGAAAUUCGCCUUGGAGGGCAACAAGUGGCUCGUUGAAAACUACGAGAAUGAAACGUCACUCACUGUCGAGAACACUGACCUCAGCCAUACAAUCAACUUGUACGGAUGCAAGAACUCUACCAUAAUUGUGAAGGGCAAGGUCAACGGUGUGACAAUGUUCAACUGCAGCAAGACAAGCAUCCUCGUCGAGAAUGUCAUCUCCUCAAUCGCAAUCACCAGCUCCCCGUCGUUCACGCUGCAGAUCACAGGCUCUGCGCCGACCAUCCAGCUCGACUCGAUAGACUCGGGACAUGUCUUCCUCUCAAGGGAUUGCCUGGGCAUCGAGAUCACCACAGCCAAGUGCAGCAGCAUCAAUGUGAACCUGCCAGUCGAGGGAGAAGAAGAAGGUGUUUUCUCAGAGGCACCUAUCCCCGAAAUGUUCAAGACUACGAUCCAAGACGGCAAGCUCGUCACGACUGCGGUCGAUCAUGCCGGAUAGCUUGUAGUAGGCCGACAUGAUUUUGUAAGACAUGUAGAAUUAAGGGGCGGUAUAUUCUGCUGGGACCAAUGAAACAGAAUUUCA